AUUGCAUUGAAAGUAUUUCUAUAUAUCCCCACCUUUGUUUAUUGACCAAUUUUUGUACUAGUCUUAAGAUACUAAUUCGUUUUGAUUAUUUAUAUAUCAUUAUUAAGAGUAGGGAAGAAUUAGAAUGUUCGAAUUAUGUAAUUUUCAUGAAUUAUUUAGUGAUUGUUUUGUAGUUUAAAUUUGUUAUGAAUAACACGUCUUAAUUUAAUUAUAAUCUUAUCUCUUUUAUAAAUUUAUGUUAAGUGGAAAUAUUUUAGAAAUAAUUUAGUGUUUACAAAUCUUAAAAAUGUGGUUGAAUAAGUUUUAUAAUGAUAGAAAUAAAGAUUUGUAUCCAAAUCCUGGAAACAUUACUUUUCAGUACGGAACUUCUGGUAUACGAUGCAAAUCUGAUUAUCUAGAUCAUGUAGUGCAUAGAAUGAGUUUAUUAGUUGCUUUACGAUCAAUGUGUUUAAAGUCAGCCCGAGUUGGGUUGAUGAUUACAGCCUCCCAUAAUCCACAAGAUGAUAAUGGAGUUAAAUUGAUUGACCCGCAAGGGGAAAUGCUUGAAAGUACAUGGGAAGAAUAUGCAACAGAAUUGUCAAAUGCUUUAAAUAAUGAUAAUGUAUGCAAUAUUUUAAGUAAAAUAGUACUUAAGUAUAAUAUUGAUUCUGGUUAUAAACCUAAAGUCUAUGUCGGACGAGACACUAGAAACUCGGGAGAGCGAUUGCUUAAAGCAGUAAUUUUAGGUUUAAAAAUAUUUAAAAGUGAUUAUGAAGAUUUUGGAGUUAUAACAACUCCAAUGUUACAUUAUUUUGUUAGGUGCUAUAACACAAAUGGUUUGUAUGGACAGCCAAAUGAAAAUUCAUACUUUACAAAAUUAACUAAUUCUUUUAAGAAAAUGCGAAAAAUGUGUUCUGACUAUAAAAAUUAUAGUCCUAUCAUAGAGUUUGAUGGUGCCAAUGGAGUUGGUGCUUUAAAAUUAAAAGAUGCAAUGAAGUAUUUAGAUGACUCAUUGAUUAUUAAUUUACACAACAAUGAUGUGAUGAACUCGAGAAAAUUAAAUUUGAAUUGUGGUGCAGACUAUGUAAAAUCAAAUCAAUGUCCUCCAACUGGUUUGUCUAUAAUACCAAAUACUAAGUAUGUAUCAGUUGAUGGUGAUGCUGAUAGAAUAAUUUAUUUUUUCAUUGAUGAAACCAAUACUUUUUAUUUAUUGGAUGGGGAUCGUAUUGCUACUUUAGUGGCUGGUUACCUUAAAGAACUAAUUAUGGCUUCUGGUCUUAAUAUUAACAUAGGAUUAGUUCAAACUGCUUAUUCAAAUGGAAAUUCAACAAAUUAUAUUUCUAAUGAAUUGAAAGUUCCUGUUGCAUGUGUUCCUACUGGUGUUAAAUAUCUUCAUCACACAGCAAAAGAUUAUGAUAUAGGUGUUUAUUUUGAAGCUAAUGGACAUGGUACAUUAGUCUUUAAAGAAUCAGUUGGAAUUUUAAUUAGAGAAGAAUUAUUAAAACAAAAGAAUGAGGAAAAAUUGUUAGUUUUAAACAAAUUGAAAUGGAUUAUGGAUAUGACAAAUGAAACUGUUGGAGAUGCAUACUCAGAUAUGUUAAUUGUUGAAACUGUACUGUGUGAUCGAGGUUGGAAUUUAAAGGAUUGGUGUAAUACAUACAAAGAUUUACCAAAUCGUCUCACGAAAGUAACUGUAAAAGAUAGAAGUAUAUUUUCUAUAACAAAUGCUGAACGAAUUUGUAUAAAGCCUUUAGGUCUUCAAGACAAAAUUAACCUAGCGGUAGCUAAUUACCCAAUGGCCAGAUCAUUUGUCAGGCCAUCAGGUACGGAAGAUGUUGUUAGAAUUUAUGCUGAAGCAGAUACUCAAGCUAAUGCUGAUAGACUUGCUACUGAAGUUGCUUCUAUUGUAUAUAAUAUAGCUGGGGGUGUAGGAGAAUUGCCCCUGUUAUAAAAUAUUUUAAUAAAUAUUCAUAAAUAAACUCAUUUUAUGGAACAUUAUUUAUUAAUUAUGACAUAUUUUCAGGGUUGUAAGAUUUAUUAACUAUUUUAUGUUACAAAUGUUAUGUUAUGUAUUUUUUAAAAUGGUAAUUCAUUGUUUAUGUUUUUUAUUUUAUUAUUUUAUACAUACAUUUUAUAUAAUAUAAUAUAUUAAUCAUGUUUUUAAUAGUGAAGCUCAAAAUAAAAUGUAAAUAUUAAUUUUUAAUACAUUUCACCAAUAUUUGUAAAAUAAAAUUUUAUUCAAUUUUUUUAUCUUA